ACAUCCGCGGCCACAGCGCCACCAAGCUCGUACCCGUCGCCGUGUGAUGACGCCGGACGUGUGGCUAUUUGCAUUGUUUUGGUUCGUGCAGUUUGUUAUUUAGAAAAUCUCCUGAAACACUCCGAUUUUGUCAGAUACAGGUUCGGACACAGCCACUCGGUGUUUUGGGACGGGCAACAAAAGUUCUGUUUAGUGUGUGAAGAGUAACAAGAUAUGGAAGAGCAGAGUGCUUCACCUGGAGCGAACACAGAUAACAGCAGCCAGAGGAAUGGAGAGGAGAAACCACGCAGGGCAAGUUGGACUAAAGGAAGGAAGAGAAAGAAGCCUUUAAAGGACAGCAAUGCACCCAAAGCUCCCCUAACCGGAUAUGUACGAUUUAUGAAUGAUCGGCGGGAGCAACUGCGUGCCGAGAGACCGGACGUACCCUUCCCAGAAAUCACCAGGAUGCUUGGCAAUGAGUGGAGCAAACUGCCGCCUGAUGAGAAACAGCGCUAUUUAGAUGAGGCAGAGAAAGACAAGGAGCGCUACAUGAGGGAGCUGGAGAAGUAUCAGCAGACAGAGGCAUACAAGCACUUCACCAGGAAAGUGCAGGAGAAGCAGAAGGGCAAGAGACACAGAGGAGAUGUGGCGCGGCAGUCUGCCAGGGAGGCUCUUCACGAGAAUGACGGAGUGAUAAAGGAUCGGUCUGUGUUUGAUAUUCCUAUCUUCACUGAGGAGUUUCUGAACCAUAGUAAAGCUCGCGAGGCAGAGCUGCGGCAGCUGCGCAAGACCAAUAUGGAGUACGAGGAGCGGAACGCAGCGCUGCAGAAGCACGUGGAAAGCAUGAGGAGCGCUGUGGACCGGUUGGAGGGAGACGUGCUGCAGGAACGUACACGCAACAGUCUGCUGCAACAGCACCUCGACACUCUCCGCUCUGCACUAACACACAGCUUCUCCAACGUGCCCCUGCCUGGCAGUGGAGAGACUGCCAGUCUGGACUCCAUCGAGUCCUACAUGAAGAAGCUCUACAAUAUCGUUAUGUCCAACCCUCAGGAGUACGAGCACCUUAUCAGUGUGGUGCGAGACGUGGUCACCCGCCUCGACAGGUAAUUGAGGCAUUCUGAUCACAUGACUGUGGAAUCUGAGCUUCCCUGAGCUCUGUUUUAUUUAAACAUCAUACCCCAUCCCAUUUUUAAGAAUUGUUUUAUUAGAUACACACUUUAUUUCUCUUUUUCUACAGUGCUAUUUUUAUCUGUUCUGUUUUCUUGUUUCCACAUAUUCAUCAGUUGUUUAUUCAAUGUUUACUAUGCUUGUAUUUCAUGAUUUGUUUCAUAGAUAUGAAAAAAAUAUGUUCCUUUCAGCAUGCUGCCAUUUUUUAUUAUAAGAGCGAUUUUAGACCUUUUUUUAUUUUCUUUAUACGAUGUUAAGAAGUGACAUUUUGUAUUUGUGUUAAAAGAACCUUGUUGAAGCUGUAGUUAGUGUAUUUGUGCUUUGCCACUCUUCUCUGUGCCAGCAUUGUAGUACUCAACAAGAAUUACACUGCAGUGACCAAUAAAUUGCAUUUGCAUUAAAA